AUUCAUUGCUUUUUCUUUUCUUUACAGGGGAAUAAAGAUGCAGAGCAACAUUUCCUACUCACCCCCAACCAUAGCUGUUGGGACUGGGUGAGAGAGAGAGAGAGACAGAGACAGAGACAGAGAGAGAGACAGAGAGACAGAGAGACAGAGAGAGAGACAGAGAGAGAGAGAGAGAGAGAGAGACAGAGAGAGAGAGAGACAGAGAGGAGAUCCAUAGACAGAAGGAAGACCCGUUCUGGAAAGGAGGAGAGAGGUUAUCUUUGCUUUCUCGCACCACCAUUGAAAUAAGUCUGGACUUUGAAAAUGUUCACAGUUGCACUCUCACAUCAUAGUGCAACAACAAGUACACAAAUACUUUUGUUUUUUCAGCAGACAUUGACAACAGCAGCACUAUCUGAGGCCCAGACCGUAACCCUCCUAAGCCCUACCCAGCCCUGCCUGGAGUACGCCCUUCACUGCACUCCACCACACCCCACGUAGAGCCUGGAAGGCAGGGAAGCCACGGCCGGGAUUUCAUGGCAACAGCACCCUAGGGCUGCCAUGGCAGCUGGUGCCGCCGAUGCUCCACGCCAUAUUACAGCACUGACGCCGGAGGACGAGGAACGACUAGCCGCUGCCAAGCUGUACAGCGACACUACCCUGCCACGCACAGACAGAGAGAGGGAGAGGGAAGAGCGAGCCAGCGGCAACGAGUGUUUGGUGUGUGGGACUUGGUUUGGUUCGCAGGAUAAGCUUCGGCUUCACGCCUUCUGUCACACGGKAGAGAAACCUUUCCACUGUUCCCAGCCACAUUGUCCUAAGGCCUUCAGCUCCAAAUAUAAACUGUUCAGGCAUAUGGCCACACAUUCUCCACAGAAAACUCACCAGUGCUCGUUCUGCGAGAAAAUGUUUCACCGCAAAGAUCACCUGAAGAACCACCUGCAGACCCAUGACCCCAACAAAGAGGCCUUCAAGUGUGAGGAAUGUGGCAAGCACUACAACACCAAGCUGGGCUACAAGCGUCAUGUGGCCAUGCAUUCAGCCACGGCUGGGGACCUCACCUGUAAGGUGUGCCUGCAGAGCUACGAGACUACCCCUGCCCUGCUGGAKCAUCUCAAGAGCCACUCGGGCAAGUCCUCCGGAGGUGCCAAGGAGAAGAAGCACCCGUGYGACCACUGUGACCGCCGCUUCUACACACGGAAGGACGUGCGUCGCCACAUGGUGGUCCACACCGGCAGAAAGGACUUCCUGUGUCAGUACUGCGCCCAGCGCUUCGGCAGGAAGGACCAYCUGACGCGGCAUGUGAAGAAGAGCCACUCUCAGGAGCUGCUGAAGAUAAAGACGGAGCCUCCGGACAUGCUAGGCAUGCUGGGCUCUGGCUCCUCCCCCUGCACUGUCAAAGAGGAGCUCAGCCCCAUGAUGUGCAGCAUGGGUUCCAACAAAGACCCCAUGCUGUCCAAGCCGUUCCCCAGCGGCACCUCCUUCCCCAUGGGCAUGUACAACCCCCACCACCUCCAGGCCAUGUCCAACCCUGGGGUGGGCCACCACCACUCUCUGAUGCCUGGCUCCUUGUCCACUGCCAUGGGGAUGGGCUGCCACAUGGAGCCCCCACUCCACCACCCCCAUCACCCGCACCACCACCACCACCACCACUACCAUCACCACCACAUCCAACACUCCCCCCCGCUGCCUCACCUGCAGCAGCCCCAACAGCACCAGCAGCAACAGCACGCCCAGCCGCCGCCCAAGUACCAGCUGGGAUCUACCUCAUACCUGCUGGACAAGCCCCUCAAAGUGGAGAUGGAGAGCUUUCUCAUGGAUCUGCAGAGUGGGCUGCCGGGCCAYCACUCAGGCGAUCAUCAUCAUGCUGCUGCCUCGCCCCCCAAGGAGGGACUAGAGCACCCCUCAGGCCUGACAGACGAGCUGUGUGGUGGCCCCCUCCUGUCCAAGAGCCCUGCUGUCAUCGCUGAGUCUCUGUGCACUGCUAACAUGGACUUCUCUCACCUGCUGGGCUUCCUGCCCCUCAACCUGCCCCCCUACAACGCCCCCAUCAGCACAGCAGGACUAGUCAUGGGGUACACCUCAUCUGCUGCCUCCUCUUCGUCAUCGUCAUCCUUGCGUGGCACUGAGCACCACGCCGCUGCCACAGCUGCUAACCCUACCCAUACCUCUUUGCAACCUCAACCUCAGGAGCAGCAGGGCUCCAGCGGGGGCCUGGGUCUAGGGCCCCUGCACCCUCUCCCGCCAGUGUUUAGCUCCAGCCUCAGCACGACCACCCUGCCUCGCUUUCACCAGGCCUUCCAAUGAGGGGCCCCCAGGCCCGGCCCCUACGCCAUCAUCCUCAGCUCACUGCCUCACACCCAGGGGCCAAGRGGCCUGCUGGCUGCAAGGGUGGACAUAACAACACUUGAACACUUAGAAGCCUUAAUUGAAGUGCAUAAAAGCUUUUGAUUGAGCUCCAGAGGAAACUAAACCCUUCAUUGAAACAAAAGGAAAAUAUGAGAAACUUUCAAACUAAGGAGCUUUUAUUCGGCCAUUCUUUCUAUCCUUUAGCUAUGAUGAUUGAAUCCCUCUCGCUUUGUUGUUGUUUGUUUAGCUGGAUCCCCAUUUAGCUCUUGCAGAAUCAGCAGAUACUCUUCCUGGGUUACACAAAAAACACGACAAGUAACAAAACACUGAUACACAGGGACAGUCACAUUAAAAUACAACGAUGUACAAACAAUACAUCUAAAAUAUAAUGUGUGUUUUAGAGUGUCUGUGUG